AUGCGAUUCUGGUCCUGGCUUCGGGGAGAGCCCAGACGCGAAUAUUACUACAAAAAACGUCUUCAGGAAAUCAAAGACCAUAUUGGCUAUGACACCCCAAAAGAUCCAGUCAAGAAAUGGAUAUCCGAGUUUAAUGAUGAGGAAACGCUGGGGUUUGCCAUUAUACAGCGACAGCGUCGUCUGGAGAAUGAGAAAAAGACGGCUGAAGAGCAACAACAGCGAGAGGAGAGGCGGCAGUUUCGGCGGCGGCGGUGCGAGCAGUGCCGGUACCAGGAAGAGAUGUGCAGCGCCUGCCAUGAAGCGACGCAGGCAGCAGAUGUUCCACCACCCUACUCGAGCAGAUCCCCAGAGGAUUUCAAGCAAGAUCUGGCCAAGCUGCGCGAAGAGUUUGUGAAGAAUCGAAUUCGCUUGGAGGCGAUCAAACAAAAACUUACAGAUAGUAGGAGUUGGUGGGUCACAUAUGCCAUGGCCCCCCGCUGGCAUAGAGACGACACUGGCCGGACGUUUAAGUGGAUUGAAGGCCGGAGAAAGUGUGCUGAUCUGGGGGGUUGCUGUGGCCGUACUUGCGGAUGCUGCGAGAAAGUUCUGAUUGAAUAUCAACGGCCGAAAUUCUGGCGGAAAACACACUCAAAGACAGUACCUUCCUCAAAUAUCAAUAACUCGCUCAACGGCAGGCAAACCAUCGUCAUAGUUAUGGCUGAGGCGGUAGAUGCCAACGCCACACUCUCGUUUUGGCAGAAGCUAGACCCCAGUCACGCUAGGUGGCUGUUCCUCGCGGUCUUCGUGAUCGUGAUUUGCAACGUUCUUUUCGGUGCGGUGAGGCUCUAUUUAGAGCUAUUGAUCAAACGCCACCACAUCGAGAAGCUACGUGCAAUGCCCCCAUCACGGAGGCGCGACGUGGAAAUGGGACAUCGAUUUAUCUUUUCAUCUCGCCUCGACGGCUCCAGUCCGAUGGGUUUUAUAGGCGUCCAGGGGGUGUUGGAGACUAUCUGGAUAAAUGCCAUUGAGCCAUUUUCUAUUAUCAACCUCAUACUGACUUCGCCCUGUGAUAGCAACCUCCGAAACCAUGGCUCGGAGGCUCAGGAUGAUGACUUGGAAAGGAGGGUUAAGGUUUAUACGGGAGGGAAGGGUGAUAAGAGGAGGUGA